GAAAUCCUAAAGAGAGUUUUGUGGGAAUUACAGGCACAAUUGCCUUUGUAAGGAUGAAUAACCCCUUCAACGCCUCCGGCCUUCGCAACUUCCACUCCCCCUUCUCUCUCCGCCGCAAAGUCCCCUGGUGGAACCAAACCCUCGACCCCGGGAGCUCCGUCGUCAACAAAUGGAACCACAUUUUCCUUGUGUCCUGCAUCAUUGCUCUGUUCCUCGACCCUCUCUAUUUCUUCCUCCCCGUCAUCGGCGGCCCGGCGUGCAUGGGAAUCGAUUUGGGUCUGGGCAUCCUGGUCACCUUCUUCCGCACCGUCUGCGACAUGUUCUUUCUGAUGCACAUUGUGAUGAAAUUUAGGACGGCUUUUGUGUCGCCCAAAUCGAGGGUUUUUGGUAGGGGAGAGCUCGUCUUUGAUAGAAGGGCAAUUGCCACCAGAUACUUGAAAUCAAUGUUUGCUAUUGACCUCGCCGCUGCCCUCCCUCUCCCUCAGAUUGUCACUUGGUUCGUGAUUCCAGCGGUGAAAAAUUCAACAGCUGCACAUAACAACCACACACUUUCUUUGAUUGUUCUCAUUCAAUAUGUUCCUCGAUUGUAUGUCAUGUUUCCCAUAAACCGAAGGAUUGUUAAGACCACAGGCGCCGUGGCUAAGACUGCGUGGUCAGGAGCAGCAUACAAUCUCCUCCUCUAUAUGCUGGCUGGCCAUGUCUUGGGAGCUUCAUGGUAUGUGUUAUCUAUCCAGCGGCAGUUAGAAUGCUGGAAAAUAGAAUGUAGAAAUGAGAUUAAUACCACACACUCUCCAUCGUGCCAUCCACUGUUUCUUGAUUGUAGCACUUUGGGAAAGCCUGACCGUAACUUUUGGCUGAAAACUACUAAUGUCAUCACUGGUUGUGAUGCUCGAAAUGACAAUUUUCAUUUUGGAAUGUUUGCUGAUGCUUUUACCAAUGACGUUGCUUCAUCGAAUUUUAUUGAUAAAUACUUCUAUUGCCUUUGGUGGGGUCUAAAAAAUCUAUGUUCAUAUGGACAGAAUAUUGCGGCAAGUACCAUAGUUAGUGAAACUUUAUUUGGCAUUCUAAUUUGCAUUGCGGGUCUGGUCUUUUUCUGUCAUCUCAUUGGUAACAUGCAGACCUAUCUUCAAUCCACAACGGCUAGAUUGGAGGAGUGGAGAAUUAGAAGAAGAGAUACAGAGGAGUGGAUGAGGCAUCGUCAGUUGCCCCAAGAAUUGCAAGACCGUGUUCGCCGGUUUGUUCAGUAUAAAUGGAUUGCUACAAGGGGAGUUGAUGAAGAAUCCAUUUUGAGUGAUUUACCCUUGGACCUCCGCCGUGAUAUUCAAAGGCAUCUCUGUCUCGCCCUCGUUCGUCGUGUUCCAUUCUUUGCACAAAUGGAUGACCAACUCUUGGAUGCAAUCUGUGAACACUUGGUGUCAUCAUUGAAUACCAAAGAAACGUACAUUGUUCGGGAAGGUGAUCCGGUGAACGAGAUGCUUUUCAUCAUUAGAGGAAAAUUACAAAGCUCCACAACCAACGGUGGCAGGUCAGGAUUUUACAACUCCAUUAACUUAGGACCUGGUGACUUCUGUGGAGAAGAGUUGUUGACGUGGGCUUUGAUGCCCGACUCUAGCCUAAACCUCCCAACAUCAACCAGAACAGUGAAGUCCAUCACUGAAGUUGAGGCAUUUGCUCUCCGAGCAGAGGACCUCAAGUUUGUUGCAAAGCAAUUCAAGCGGCUGCAUAGCAAGAAGCUGCAACAUGCUUUCAGGUACUACUCCCACCAAUGGAGGACUUGGGGAGCUUGCUUUAUAGAGACUGCAUGGAGACGGUUCAAGAAGAGAAAGCUAGCAAUGGAGUUGGCAAGGCAAGAGGGCUUGUAUCUGCAAACCGUAGAAGAAGAGGACAAUGCGGAUAAUGAGGCCUGUGGGUCUGAAAAUGCAAGCAAUACCCAGCAUAUUGGUGCCACAAUAUUGGCUUCUAAAUUUGCUAAAAACACAAGAAAAGGGGGUUACCAAAAGGUGCCCAGUAUUGACCCAAAUGAUGCCAGCUUGAAAAUGCCCAAAAUGUUCAAGCCGGUGGAACCUAAUUUCUAUCAUGAAGAUUGAGUUGUUCCACAACGAAGAAAGGUAGAUAAUGAGGCAUUAGAUAGUAUGCCAUGUACCAAAAUCGUAAUAUUAAUUAAAUUCUAAAUAUAUGUAUAUGCUGUUUCACAUGUUCCUCUUAUUCAGAAAAGAUAUGAAAAAAUUGAAAGUAGAAAUCUUUUUUCUAGUUUUUUUUUUUAAUUUUAAAAAUGAUAUGUGAAUUUUGAAUAAAAUAGGUACAAUUUC